AUGGCGGAUGUGAGGACACUGCUUCUAUGGGCGGUGGUGACAGAGUGUUGGAUACUGUUCAUACUGGGGUCCUGUCCAGCAGGAAGUUUGGAGAUGCGUGUAGUUACAGCUGCCACUGUGGACAUUCCUUUAACCAGACAACUGGAGUUUGUGGAGGGCAGCACGACGGGACCACUGUUCCAACUGACAGGGGCGGAUAACCUCCCUCCCCACAACAAUCCGUUCGUCUACUGGCCUGACCAGCAACACAAUGAAGAUGAAAACAACAUUCUGAACCCGUUCUUUGACGAGUGUGUGGAGGAGAGUAACAUAUGUGACCAGGUGUGCUACAGGGCGGGGCCGGACACACAGAUUUGUGACUGCUACCAGGGCUUCUCACUCAUGCUGGACGGAGCGUCGUGUAGAGGUGGGUACCCGGUAGGAACUCUGCAGGUGCAUGUGGGCGAGAAUGUGGACGAAUGUGAGGAUGGCUACUGCGGUCAGUACGGUCAGUGUGUCAACACCAUGGGCUCCUUUAUCUGUACGUGUGAACCCGGCUUCUACCUCAACAACGACAACUUGUGUACAGGUAACGACAGCUUGUGUACAGAUAUAGAUGAGUGUAUGGACACAGGCCUCUGUGUCGGGGAGUCCCAGUGCCACAACCUGCUGGGGUCAUACCAGUGUACCUGCCCCCUGGGAUUCCAGUACACGAGCGACGGAUGUGCAGACGUUGACGAGUGCAUAUCCGGCAAGGACCGGUGUCAUGCGCAUGCUCACUGCGGCAACCUGAUCGGCUCCUACUUCUGUCAGUGCUGGAAGGGCUACAGCGGCAGCGGCUACAUCUGCUACGAUGUCAACGAGUGCAAGGUUAACAACGGCAGCUGCGACCAUAGAUGUCAAAACAUCCCCGGCAGCUUCCGGUGUGGCUGUAACUAUGGUUACCGACUUGGCAGGGAUGGGAGAACCUGUGAAGAUGUAGAUGAAUGCCAGUACGGGAACGCCGGGUGUGAACACACCUGCAACAACGUGGUGGGGACAUACUACUGCAGCUGCAACGGGGGAUACAGGCUGCACGUUGACAACAAGAGAUGUGUCGACGUGAACGAGUGUAUGACCGACCACGGCGGCUGUCACGGGUUCUGUAACAACACUCUAGGGUCCUUCUACUGCCACUGUCCCGCUGCCCUUGUUCUAGCAGACGACGGGUUCUCCUGCAGACCCAUUGCGAGCUGCAGAGACAAGAAUGGCGGCUGUGAGCAGGUGUGCGAGGAUCUGCCAGACGACAAGUUCAGAUGCUCCUGUAGGCCUGGUUUCACGCAGAACAUCAACGCCAGAUCGUGCAAUGACAUAGACGAGUGUUUAUCGGGCAACGCAGGCUGCGAGCAGGAAUGUCUCAACACGCCCGGAAGUUUUCAGUGCGCAUGCCGGAAGGGCUAUCAGAUGCGCAAAAACAGAAAUAACCAGAGGAAAUGUGAACCAACAUGUGACCCUCCGUGUUCUAACUACGGACGCUGCCUGGCCCCGAACAAAUGUCUGUGUCCCGCCGGAUACCCAGGACCCGGAUGUUCGGCAAUCUGCAGUCCACCAUGCAGUCACGGGGGAACUUGUCUGAGGCGGAACCGAUGUGUUUGUCCAGCUGGCUGGACAGGGAACAGCUGCUUGAGAGCUGUAUGUCAGAUACCCUGUAGGAACGGGGGGCGAUGUGUGGCGCCCAACACGUGUCAGUGUUCAUCAGGGUUCACGGGGGAUCAGUGCCAGACACCCACCUGUUCUCCUGGGUGUGAAAACGACGGGCGAUGUAUCCGAGUGAACGUUUGUAUGUGUAAGAAGGGAUUCUCGGGACCAAGAUGUCAGAACUCACGUCCUCGGUGUCGCCCGGGUUGUAGAAAUGGAGGGAGAUGUGUCGGCUUGAACAAGUGCACGUGUCGGCCUGGAUACAGAGGAAACCUAUGCCAAAUAGCUCCCAGGGCAAACUGUCGCCCAGCCUGUCAAAAUGGUGGCAUAUGUCUCCCUGGCAACAGGUGUCGGUGCCCGGAUGGGACAAAGGGCUUCCGGUGUCAAGACAGACACUGCCCUAUAGUGACAAUCAUAUUUUUCCCCUGA